UAAAGUAUGUAAAUAUAUACAAAGAAACGUCCGCACGCACGCCGGCAACAUUGACAACACAAACGCCGCGGAAAAAAAAAAACAAUGAAAAACGCCCGCCUUGUCUCCGCACGCCCGUAAACAACCUGUUCUUCGAUUAUGGAAUAUUUAGUUCUUAAUUACGCAUUGUUAUGCUUUUUUCUUCUUCUGAAAACCCCUUACCGGGCACCGAAUGCAAUAAGUCGACUGAAGUGGGUUCUGGCCGGGCUCUGCGCGCGCUGCCUGUCGGUCACUGGGUGUCCCGUGCCGCCCUCUGCUGCAGGCGAGGCGUGCGACAGCGCACUGAAGAAGCUCACCGACCGAGACGUGCAGCCCAUCUGUCGGAUCCCGCUCAUCACCAGCUCGCGCGAGGAGCACCAGCUCAUCAGCCAGAGCACCAAGCCCGUGGUCAAGCUGCUCAUCAACCGGCACAACAACAAGUACUCGUACACCAGCGCGUCCGACGACAACAUGCUGAAGAACCUGGAGAUGUUCGACAAGCUGAGCCUUCGCUUCAGCCAUCGCGUGCUCUUCAUCAAGGACGUGACGGCCACCAACGAGAUCUGCAUGUGGACCUUCUACGGCCGCGGUCAGAAGGUGGCCGAGGUCUGCUGCACCUCCAUCGUGUACGCCACCGACAAGAAGCACACCAAGGUGGAGUGCCACGAGGCGCGCAUCUACGAGGAGACGCUGAACAUUAUGCUGUACGAGGCGUGCGACUCGCCGGACGCCGAGCUGAUGCAGGCCACCGCGCGCCGGCCGGCAGCCGCCUUCGGCUGCACCAGCGACGACGACGAGCCGGCAGCCGCCGCCGCCGGCGCGCGCUCCAAGCACGGACUGGACCGGCUGCGCUCCAACAAGCAGGCGGCGCACGCGCACGCGGUGCCGCCGCCGCCGGCGCCGCCGCUGUGAGCGGCCGCCGCCCCCAGUGGAGCGAGCGGCGGCGCGGCGCGCAGCCGAGCCGACCCCUGUCAGCAGAUCCGUCGGCACGAGUCCACCCACUCGGUGACUGCCGAGAGACGCACGGCACCCACACUUCAGCCGAGCGCCACGGCUGCGGCUCAGCGUACUUGUAGAAUUUGUGGAUAGGUAUGCUUUGCCUGUAUCGUUACGUAUAUACUGUGUCAAACAUAUAUUUUCAUCGCCAUGUUGCAGUUAUUGGCGGAGCAAUUUGAUAUCCGAAUGCAUCAUGCAAUUAUGAAUGGUAGAGCGGGUUGUUUUGAAGCCAGUUUGUAUGCCUCUUCUUGUCCAUAAACGCGUCUAUUGUAAUCUCAUUUUGUAAGCCGAGCGUUGUGCAUCAUAGCGCUGUCUCCACCUGCGUGCUGUUGUGCCGCCGCGGACCGGUCGGCGCCGCUCGGCCGCUGCGCCCGAGCUCCGCUAUAGGCGCCCGCGCUAGUGCGCGUGUCUGAGCCGGCGCAGUCCAGUGUCGGGGCCGGCUCGGUCCAGUGUCGCGGCCGGCCGGCCCUAGGGAGCCAAUGAGACAGAGGCUGUGACGGCGGGGCUCCCAGCGCCUCUGCCAACGCCCAACAGAUUCAUAAUAUAUGCAGUGAGACACA